GAAGGCUUCCUCUUUAUGUCCUCAGUUUGGUGCUUCCUCUCAGGCUGUAGCUCUGGUGAACGCCUUUCUUAAUGCAGUGAGUUUGCAGCUGUGGUGACGGUCAGAGUUUCAGCAGCUGUGAAUACAAACAUGUUGCUGGGUGAUGAUGGUUGGUUCAUCAUGAAGGUCCUGCUGCUGCUCGUGCUCCUCACAGUGUCAGGAUGUGAAAGCAUCAGAGUUGUUGGUCAAACAGGUCAGAAUGUGACUCUGAACUGUAGAUAUGAUAUCAAAAAGGAAGGAGCGUCGCAUGCUUGCUGGAAUAAAGGACAGAUACCGAAUUGGGGACGCUGCAACAAUAAGCUGAUAUCUACAGAUGGAUAUAAAGUUAUAAAGGAAACCAGAGUUUCCAGCAGGUAUCAGCUACUGGGACGACUGGAUGAAGGAGACGUUUCUCUGACGAUCCUGAACCUCACUGAGGAAGAUGCUGGACUUUAUGGAUGCAGAGUGGAGAUACCUGGGUGGAACAAUUAUCAGAAACAUCACUUUGUGUUGUUUGUUGAAAAAGCUCCAGAUCUGACCACAUCACCUCCAUCAGACAAAAAGAUGCUCACAGAGAGACAAGAUGUUGCCAAGACUACAGAUCUCAUGACCACAGACACCCUCCUGACUUAUCACAGCACCAACAGCAUCAGAGCAAAGAUCCUCUCGGCGAGCUGCGUGUGGCCACAAGCUGCACACAUGGACACAGAUGUCGACAAUGUAGUUUUUCAGAAUCUGGAGAAAGAGGCCCAUUUUCUAUACCCGGUCGCUAACAACCGCGGUGAAGUUGGUUUGAAGUUGGAUAUUCAAGCUCCGGGAGGUCAGCGGGAUCUAGCAAACGGUUGA